AUGUUAGUAAUAACAUUAAAGAACGUGGUGUGUAAUCACUUUGGUUAUCAGGAUCAAUAUGAUAACUUAGCCGCCCAUACACAUAAAGGGAUAGAGUUCCUAGACAAAUACGGUAAUUUCGUCAAAGAGAGAUGCGCUAUUGAACUAGAAUAUGCAGGGAAAUUAAGGAGGCUUGUGAAAAACUACCAACCUAAAAGGAAAGAAGAAGAUGAAUAUCAAUACACACCAUGUAAAGCGUUCAAAAAGUUGUUACAAGAGCUGGGCGACUUCGCUGGGCAACGCGAAGUUGUUGCUGAGAACUUACAGUCCAAUGUCGUUCGAGAGUUGCACUUACUCGCAAAAGAGUUGCGAGAGGAGAGGAAGCAACACUUGAACGAGGGUGCGAAACAAAUGGCGGUGUUGAGCACAGCGGCGGGUGCAUUGGAGCGUGCGAGGCGGGCGUACGAGCGAGCGGCGAGAGAGUCGGAACGGGCACUAGAGGCCUUUCAACGGGCAGACGCGGACUUUAAUCUCAGUCGAGCCGAGGUUGAGAAACAAAAGACUAAUAUGAAAUUAAGAAGUCAAGCGUGCGAAGAUGCGAAACAGGAAUACAUGGAUCAACUAAAAAAGACUAACGAAGCACAGAGACAACACUAUGAACAGAGGCUGCCUCAUGUCUUCAAACAAUUACAGGACCUAGACGAGAAAAGAAUAAAGCAAAUCAAGAAUUUCAUGUUGAGUUCAGUUGAUGUUGAAAGGAAGGUAUUUCCCAUAAUAAUGCAAUGUUUAGAAGAAAUGGAACACGCUGCAAACAGUAUUAAUGAGAAAGAGGACACACAGCUAGUAAUAGAAAGGUACAAAUCUGGCUUCCUACCGCCCGAAGACUACCGUUUCGAAGCGGCAAGUGGUGCUGAUGCAACGGACUCUGCGCCGGCGCAUCCCACGCACAAUCACCUCACGGCUGCGCGGGGCACUGUAUCUGGCAAUCGGAUUAAGAAACGAGGAGGCCUACUCUCUAUAUUCAGCUCCAAUAAGAAGAUUAUUGAGGCGUGCAAUUCGAUCAAGAAUAAUAUGUCUAUGGAUGGAAAGGAGGAUUAUUCAGACUUACCACCGAAUCAGAAGAAAAAGAAGCUGCAAGCAAAAGUACUCGAGUUAAAUAAACAGGUCGCGCAAGAGCAAGCCGCUAUGGAAGGUCUAAUGAAAAUGAAAGGUGUUUACGAGACGAACCCAACGCUAGGUGAUCCUAUGACUGUUGAAGGACAACUAAACGAGUGUUGCGACAAAUUGAAGAAAUUAAAAGAUCAGUUACGCAAAUACGAAGUGCUAUUGGCAGAGGCGAAUAACCAAGUCUGUGCUCCGACGCUGCAUCCUGUCGCAAGAACUAAUGGAGCUGCACCUAAUCAAGCUACAAGUAUCGGGUCAAACAGUGAAUCUCUAUCGCGGUCCGCGUCCGAGUCGUCCGUCAGUACGGGGGGCUGCGCGGGGGCAGGCAACGCGGGGGGAAGUAGGGCGGCGGGAGGAUCCCCUGAGUCCGGCCUUGGGGGGGAACUGGCGGCCGCACACGCGGAACACGCGGAUAACCACGAGCACGACGAAAACGACGAGCACUGUGAUCAUGAAUCAGACUUUGAUUAUUAUUAUGAGCCAGAUUUGCAGCCGCUGGGCUAUUGUAAGGCCUUGUAUGCGUUUGAAGCUAACGGCACAGGAUCAACAAUGCGAAUGGAGUGCGGAGAGCGACUAUUGGUUUUAGAGACGGACGCAGGCGACGGAUGGACGCGGGUGCGACGAUCACACACGCGUGAAGAGGGAUUUGUACCAACCACGUAUAUUUCUACUACCCUAUAUUCGGAUGCCCAUGGGCACUAG